CGGAAACGGUAGUCUGUGUUUGGCUCCCUGAAGUCUGCUGAUUUCGAUUCACGUGACUGCUAUUAGCCAGGAACCAUCCAAGAUUAAAUAUACGAUGCUUAAUUUGUUAUAUGCUACGCAAUAAGGCAUACGCAUAGCCACAGAUGAGGUUUGUUUUGCAAUUAACCUCCCGUUUGCUCGUAGCUUGGAGCUAAGCAUUAAUUUGGUCUGUGUCCGAGGCAAUUUCAAGCUAGCAAGUCCAGGUCGCUACCUCAAACAGGAAUUAAAAUGAGACUUUAGGAGUAAAAAUGGACAAAAUUAUUAAAGAUGUUGGUGAUAUCCAGUCUCGGCUCCUCGACCACAGGCCUAUUAUCAAUGCGGAGAUCCGUUACUUUGUGAGAGAAUUCGAGGAGAAAAGGGCUCACAGAGAGAGCCGACUACUGGAGAGCCUGAGUAAAGUGGUGCAAGAAGCAAAUGAGGAAGUGCUUCCUUCAGAUUUGGAGGGUGUCAAGCGGCAGCUCUCCAAUGUCAUUGCUCGAUUGAAGGCUGCUAAUCACAUGGCAGAAAGAGUCCAGCAGAGGGAGCUAGAAACACAGCAGGGCGGCCAGCUGCAGGAAAAUAUGGAGCGUCUGAAAGACGAGUGGGCAGACUUCCUGAAGGAGCAGCAGCGACUGAAGGAAGAGGUGGGCGAAGAGCACGCCAAGGCUGUCGGACAAAUCAGCACUCGCUACAGUGAGAAGAAGAAGGACCUGGAUAAGUUGCUGUCUGAUGUUUAAGUCAUUGUGUGCCUGUCUGCGCCGUGCGAGCGUGCGUGCGCUUAGGAAAGCUAAGGUGAGAGAAUUCAAAAUAGGAAAGAAAAUUGUCCUGUAACUGAGCAUCCCAAAUGACUGUGCGGAAUAAGCCCAAGGAAAAAGUUUGCAUUACGUCACUUUCAAACGCGAGGAGAAGAAAAAGGAGAAACCCCCCCCAAAUUCUGCGGGGCGCCGAUGCAUCGUUUUUCUCAGGGAAGCCACGUUUCACCGGAUUGAGCCGGGUGCGUUUCAAGCACAGCUCAAGCGUUCAAGAUGUGAGUGCAAACGGGACUUUGGUUUCCAGAAUGUAAUCACCGGCUCACCCGUGUUUGGAACAUUUGACGUCUUCAAGUCAACUCACCGUUGAUGAUGAACGUUGCUUGAAUGAUCGGCCACGGCCGCUUAUCGUCUUGCUUGGCCACGUCAACUCCGAUGCCACGAGUCCGCCGUUUGUACCGCUGCUUUCGCUGAAUAACACCGUCGUGUGACACACGA